AUGAUAACAUUUAAAAAGGUAUGUAUUCAACAGAUGUAAUAAAUCAGAAUUAUAAUUAUUUAUAUACAUUAUUAUUUAAAGAAUUUAUUUUUAACCUAAAAUAAUCUAACCUAAAAUUUAUAUAAAACAAAAAUUAAAAAAAGAAGUUAAUUCAUAAGUACUAUAGAAUAUCUGUGAGACCAUUUCUAAUUUUCAUUAAGCCCUAUUUUUCUUUCUAUAUUAUUUUAUAUUCGUAAUAUAAUAUAUAACUAUUGUAUUGAAAAUAAAUAAUAAUUUACUAUUAUUCAAUUUUGCUUAGAAUUCUUUAUUAUAAACAAGAAUAAAUUUGAUUUUAAUGUGGCUUUUAUAUGUACACAAUAAUAGAGUAAAUCUGUAAGAUUUAUUAUAAUAGUUUCAAUAUCUAUACUUAAACAUUAAUGAAGAAAUUUUUUUUCUAUUUGAUAUAUAGAUAUCUUAUAUUGGAACAACGGCUAAAUUAUCUGCCUUUAUUGGUUGUGUAAUUGCAACUACAGAAAUUUGUAUGCAUUAUUAUAUGCAACAGAGAAUUCGGCAAACAGUCACUUAUAAAAAAGCAUUGAAUAUAUUUUAUAACCAUGAGGAUGCCAUUAAAUAUUUAGGAAAACCAAUAACAGAAGGAAAAAUAACACUUCCUGUGAAUAAAACCAAUGAUAUUAAAACAUUUAAUGUCAAUGUAAAAGGCACUAAUACUAAAGGAAAAUUACAUUUGGAAUAUCAAGUUCAUCCUGAUCACCAAACUGAGAUAAAAAAGGUAGAAAUUAAAUUUAAUGAUGCCUCUGAUAAAACAUUUGUGAUUCAUGAAAUUUAGUGGAUAUAAUAAUGAAAUAUAUUAUUUUGUUUUGUUUUUCUCUUAUAUUUUUGUGGUAUUGUUUAAAAAUGUAUAAAAGUUUGUUACUAUAUAAGCUUCAAAGGAGAGUUGACAUGGUAACUUGAUUACCUUUAAUAUUAUGAUAUUGUCAAUAAAGAUGAUUAUAAUUUAUCUAAAUGUCUGUAAUGGCAUAUCUGUAACACCUUCUGGAACUUUAAGACCUCUUCUCGUAUAACCAAAUCCAGCUUGAAUAAUGUGUAUAGCAGCUUCAAUAGUUAACUGAAUGUCACGUUGAUUACCAAUGUGUGGAUUUACUUCUACAAGAUCUACCGCAUUUAGUCUUUUAGUUCUAUAUAACAUUUCCAUUAAAUGAACAGCUUCUCUGAUUGAUAAUCCACCACGUACUAAAAAAAGAUAAACUUUAAGAAUGGAAAUUAUUUAAACAGAAGCAAAUAAUUUACCAGGAGUUCCUGUACAUGGUGCUUCUAAUGGGUCUAAGGAAUCAAUAUCAAAACUAACAUGUAAUGAUUUUGAUUCACUGGGAUCUAUUUUAUUUAGUGCCAUGUAAACGACAUCAUGAAUACCUAAUUAAAUAAAUAUUUUAUCAAAUAUAUAAAAUAUGUAGUAUUAUCUAUUAUUUAUAAAUAUUUUGUAAUUAGUUAAAAUACGCAAUAUUACCAUAUCUUUCAACAUCUUCCAUACCAAAAGCUGUAAUACCAAAUUUUUCAAUAACUAAUCUUUCAUAACGAUCAAUAGACCUUAAUCCAAUAUAGGCUACAUUUCUAAUAGAUAACCUGUAAGUAAUUAUGAUAUAUUUUAAUAUAUUUUAUAAUAUAUAAUUAAUCUACUACAAAUUACAUUGGUUGCUGCCAAUCCAUUCCUGGUAAAUGUGGCCAGUAAUCAGCCAAUUCAGAAGUUAAUAAUGCUACUGGCAUUCCAUGAACAUUUCCACUUUCACUAGUUUUAUUUGUAUUUAAAUCAGCAUGAGCAUCAAUCCAUAGAACACCUACAUUUUUUUUUUCCUUUAAAAAUAUAAUAUAAUAUGUACAAUGUAAAAAAAAAUAUGUAUAUAUAAAGUUGACAGGAGAACUAUCUUUUUUUUAUAUUGUACCUUAACAUGACCAUCUAUAGUUCCAAUUCCUACACUAUGAUCUCCACCAAUAGUCAAUACUCUUCGAUCCUCUUUUAAAAUUUGUUGAAUUUGUUCAGAUAAACAACUUGUACAACCAGCAACAUCACCCAAAUGUGACAUAUUAUUAAUUCCAUCUAUAUUUUUUGCUUUGUAUGAAAUAUCACCAUAAUCUUUCACAUCUAACCCUUAUUUAAUUUAAAGAAUCACAAAAAUUAAAUUUGUAAUCCGUAAAACUGUUUGAAAUCACAUAGUAAUAGUUACCUAAUAAUUCUAAUUCUUGCACUAAUCCAGCUGCUCUAAUCGCUUUUGGACCAUAUGCUACACCUUCUUUAUGCUAUAUUUAUUAA